ACACACAUCAAAAUGCAGAGUUAGAUGUCCUGCAAUGAUGCCCAGUCCAGCAGGAAGGGCGUUGAUGACAUAACAGGCUUAUUGUUGAUUAACACGGCCUCGGAGGAAGGCGACUCUUUUCCUGUCCACCAUUAAUCCAUCGCUGUGUCUACGCUGACUCUCCUUCAACACAGUUGCCUGCUCUGCUUUUGCUCUGCCUCAAACACGGAAUGUUUAUAGGAGUGACUGUCAUAAAGUGCCAAGAGCAGUGGGGUUAAACAGGAUGUCCUGUCAGCAAGCUAGACAGGAGACCGAUGACGUGUUCACUCCUUCACCAGGGAGGCGGUUACUUGGAAGUGCGUAGCUCCUCACAGACCACACAGAUGUACAAGGGAAAGUGGACCCUGUACUGGGAGUUACACACGGACAGCAUCCGGUACACACGGAAUGAAAUGCGCUGCACCCUCCAGGAUACGAACAUCUGUGGUGAACGCUGCCGAAGAUUGAAGAACGCUUGAAGUAGAUCAUCCGGGUUACAAGAUUCAAAGGGUCAGGCAGCUAAAAGUAGAGCGUUUCUUGGGGGAACUCUGCUGAAAACGGACAAGAAAGCGACUGUGAUCAACAUGGGAAAAAGAUUGAAAACAACAUUUCUAAAUGCCUUUUUGAUACUGUUCAUUAGCUGGCAAAAUACAGAGUCUGGCUCACAUGUUGACGGCUCAACUUUCGACGAAAGCGAUGGUCAGUCCGGCUUGUGGUCGACUUUGCUCCAGUCACUGCUUGUCAACAAUGACUUCAAAGACGAACUGUACUUGUUGAGGGUCAAACACCUGGGCGAAACUAAUACCUCCUUAAUGUCACCGACGAAUUAUACAGGAUCAGGUUUGUUGGAAAUGUUAAGAUUUGUACAUCAGUUUGACCAGGUGUGUCUCGAGAUGUGUCUCUGUCCAAACAUGGAACUGGCUGCGAGUGUCCUAGUGCCGUACGUGCGUGAGUGGCUGAGCUCACUCAAUCAUGUCAACGUUUCGGACGAAACGAUCGAGUUCAUCAUGAAUGAACUUCAGAAGGGCGCCGAGAGCUCCCUGUCUUUUGUGUCAGUAUUUGACAUCUAUCUGACACUGAAACAACACACUUUAGCCUCAUUGGUGCUGAAGUCAUUCAGCCGUGACAUGACGUUCUGCUGGCUGCACUCAAACGAGACUCUUCGCUUGGACGCUGCGACCGAAAUGCAACUGUUUCCCAGAGCGCAAAUACCGGAAGAGGAAUCUGUUUUCACCAGAAGAGACAACAGAAGCGAACACUUUGUUUAUGACAAUAAAACCACAUUUAAUAUAAACGUGCAAUGUGAGCCCGGUGCUAAACUAAUACUAACGAGAGAAACGCAUAUUGGGGCCUACGGGAAGUUCAAGAUGUCCGACUGUGAAGUCUUCAACGAAGGUCUGCUGAGAUCAUCUGACAUGAGCCUGACACAACUCUCCAUCGUUGGCAGCGAUUUUUCAUGGAUCAGAAAUAUCAUGUCAGGAGGAGUCUUUUGCAAUCAGAAUAUGAAUACCUCAUCAGUGCGCAGUUCUGCGGAGCUCUCUCAACAAAAUGCGACGGUGAUUUGUGAAAACUCUUCCACCAUUUUGACCAGCGUGCGAGAUGUUUCUCUGAUAAAUGUCCCUCUUCUUCCGAAAGACCUCAGUGAUGUGUUCCGGUGGUUCCAGGGAGCCAGGGAGUUGAAGCUAUUCAACAACGACCUGGGCAAUGUGACGUGUAGACAGCUUCAACCCUCGCUAAUUGCCUGGAGGAUUCUCUGGGUCUCUAACAACGGUCUGCGAUCUGUGCCCCCGUGUGUACUGAGGCCAGAUUUAUUUAUUUUGAUGCUGUCCAGCAACACCAUCACCGAUAUGUCCCCCUUUCAGUUUCCACGAACAGUACCCGCCCCUGAUCUACGGAUUCUCGUUCUGAACGACAACCAGAUAAGGGAUGUAGGUAUCAUGGCGGAUAUGAACGUCAGCAUUCUGCUUCUCGCUGGCAACCAAAUCUCGCAUCUAGAUAAGAUGGCAUUUACUCGACUUUUUGAACUUCAAAUUUUGGACUUGAGUAGAAACCGUUUGCGCGUGCUUGACCCAGGAUCAUUCAAGACACUCACGAGCAUGUUCGUGCUUAGUUUGAACGACAACGAACUGGAAACUUUCGACCUUUCCGUCACUCCGCCCUUGCUCCUUAACUGUUCCAUUUUUCUGAUGAACAAUCGGUUUUCGCACCCGCCGUUCAAAAAAAAUAAUUAUACAGUGAACGGACCCAUUCGGGUCUACGCUGGCCACAACCCCUUCGCCUGUGACUGCGACAUUGCCGGGUACCUGCAAGUCAUGGCAGAUACCCCGACAUCAGCUCAGACUAUUUUCAGAGGCAGAUCCGACAUGAUUUGCAAAUACCCAUCAGCCCACUUCGGCACGUUGCUGGACGAUUUUCAGCUCGAUGUCGACCGAUGUCCUGUUGUGCUCGACUGCCCGCCCACGUGUACAUGUGAGUUAUCUCGCACUGCCCACGUGAUUUCCGUCGACUGCGUCUUACAAGAUGGCGUUAGUCAGCUGCCUGAAAGAAUGCCUACUACACAUAAUCUGUCGCUUAAUUUGAGGCAUUCAGGCCGUUUUCAAGGAUCAGAGUUAGCGCUCACUGACGCAGAAUACCUCGAGAGAGUGGUCAGUCUUAACGUGUCUGGCGCUGGCGUGUCGGCCAUAUCGGAACUCAUGUGUGAGGGGCUGUCUAGAGCUCACCUGUUGGAUUUCUCUAACAACAACAUAUCCCGCCUCCCCCGGUGCUUCCUGUCGAGAGCUAAAGAACAAGCUACUCUCAUUAUGUAUCUGGCCGGAAACCCAUGGGAGUGCACCUGCGACACUGCUUGGCUGCAGGCCUGGAUGUCAUCUACGAUGACGAAAGAUGACGCGGCAAGAGACCAGUGGUCGUCAGUGUGGGUGAAGGACGCUGCAGAUGUGAUGUGCAGUGCUGCCACACAGCCGAACACACGUGUGCUAGACUGGGACGCCACCUCGUGUGAACCGCACAACUACCUCCCCUGGGUCAUUGUUCUGAGCGUAGUCAUUGGGCUGAUCGUAAUUGUGGUCCCACUUGUGUACUUUAAUCGCCUAAAGGUCUUGGUCUCACUCCAUGCCACCUACCAUAUUCGACCCUUCACGCGAACUCGCUGUUUUGACGAAAGCAAGUUCCGGUACGAAGCCCUGGUGGUUCAUGGCGAAGAUGAACUUUGCUCCACUUGGGUGGUGGAGGUGCUCUUGUCCAAGAUGGAGGCUUCCCGCUACCGUGUGUGCAUACCCAGUCGAGACUUUCUACCUGGCGAUUUGAUGGCCGAGAAUUAUAUGAAAGCCGUGGACGAGAGCAAGGCCGUGGUGUGUCUGGUGUCCUGCAAGACGGUGCAGGAAGAAUGGUGGCGCUACGCCUUUCAGAUCGCACGUGACAACAACGCUCGGGAUCCCAACGAGCUGCUUCUCCUCGCUCUGUUGGAGGUGGUGCCAGACGCAGACUAUCCCAGAAGAAGUUUUGAGUUUUUUGAAAUUCAUACUCACCUGCUGCGUCAAUGUAAGUUUUGGGAAACAAAGAUGAAGUCUGUUCUAAGCUUUGCUUCACUAGCACUGUACGGUUUGUUGGCUUCGGUCAGCAUGAGUCACUGGCCGUCGCUACACUCCCGCAUGACUCCGCAAAUGUUUCUCCUGACGGCCUUCCUCCUGGCCCCUGCGACAGCCAUCGACCUGGGCAGCGUCUUCACUGCACUCACUGGCGGCAACAGAGUGGAGGAGACCUGCUCUCGAGAGUGCAGCUGCGCAACCAAGACUGCCGAGAAGAUAGUACAGGGCUAUGUCACACGCCUCCUGCCAGACUUAGGGGUGCACAUGCGGCCAACGAUAGAAGAAGAUACCCGAUCCUUCGUGACCACUCUGACAGCGUGGGUCGGUAGCAUGGGAUACAUACAAUGCCAGCUACCCAAAGGUGCCAAGCACAAUCUGACAUAUCUUCUAGGCACAUCCCCCUUUUCUUUCAAGGGGCUUCAAGUCAAGUGCGAUGAAGAAGCAACGAUAGUCUGGGACAUAUCUUCCUUUAAUCUUUUCAUCCACAUUCUUGACUUUUCUGGUUGCACGCUAGAGGCAGCCAAUGAGUACGACAACAUGGGUGUUCCCGCGAAUCUCUGGAUUCUGGACUUGGACCGCGUCAAUCCGGACGCAGUGAAAAAACUGGACUUUAGUCUUACUUCUACGUUGUGGUCGCUCAGGAUCACCAACUCAUCACUAAAUCACAUCCCUCGGAGCAUGGUUACUCACUCUUUGCCAGCGCUGCUGCAUCUUAAUCUUGCUAACAACAAACUCGUCAACUUUAAAUGUGAGAUGAAGUUAAAGUUUCUUAGUUCUCUAAACCUGAAGAAUAAUUUUCUCACUAAAGUGCCCGACUGUGUUAUUGACGGUUCACUCAAAGUAGAUUACAUCUCAGUGCAAAACAACCAGUUAUCAAAGUUAGAAAAUAUCUUCUAUAAUGUAACGGAAGAAAAAUUCUCCAUACUCAGGGUGUCAUACCUGAACCUGGCCUACAACAACCUAACCUAUUUUGGUAAACUCCGCCCAAUUAAAAACUUUAUGAGUCUUGACGUGAGCAACAACCAUUUAAUUGCUAUUGACGAGGAAGCUUUCUCUCUGCAUAAAAGUCUGGCGUGGAUUGAUUUCAGUAACAAUAUGUUACACCAGCUCCCAGACGGGCUGUUCAGUAAGCUUACGAUUAUGGAACAUCUGAAUGUCAGUCACAACUACCUGCGUGUCUUCAGCUCUGACCAGAGUCCAGUCAGCUCCCGCACGCUGACUCUGGAUGUGCGCCACAACAGGCUGCUCUUCCCGCCUUUCGAUGACACAGGAUACAUCGCCCCACGCUUCAUAAAAACAAAAGCAGCUUACAACCCUUUCAAGUGCGACUGCAACAUGGGCGUGUUUUUGGAAUUUCUCACAAUGAUCAACACCUCACAGCACCGUAACUGGUUCGCAGCGGGCUACUGGAGUCAUGAGGCGACCCCCAAAGCAAGGCAACCCUACUUAGAUGUGGACGCCUUCGAGUGUAACCAACCUCCCGAAUUUUCGGGAGUUAAGAUUCGUAGCCUCAACUUCAAAAAUACAUGCCCGCUGAUGCAAGGCUGUCCAGUGAACUGCCACUGCAAGCUGAUAAAGACAGGUUUCAGUCACGUGUUUGUGAACUGCUCACUUGCUAAAUCGAUGAGCUAUCUUCCGACCGACGUGCCCAUCAUGGCCGACAAGCCCUUAGUACUGGAGUUCAGUGGAUCUGGCCUAAGAGUCUUGGACUACCGCCCGUACCUGCGUCUCGUAGCUGAACUGUAUGCGUCGGGCGGCCGGCUACAGACGGUGACGGCAGGGGCCAUGCAAGCCUUGGAAAACGCCUCGGUGAUCGCGCUGAACGACAACCACCUGCGCUCCUUGCCCUCUAUCACCUUCAACCUGACUUUCGUGCAUGCCACCAACAUCUCGCUGCACGGCAACCCAUGGACGUGUGGGUGUCAGGAUCUCUGGAUGCCCUCCUGGAUGGCACUGCACGCCAAGAUACUCUAUGAGCCCACCGCUGUGCGCUGUCGCUGGACAGGCAAACCUGUCAACCAGUUCAGCCCCAAAGACCUGAGCUGCGGAAUGUUCAAUUUUCUGCCGCUCUUGAUCGCCUUGUUCUUUUUGCUGGGCAUUAUCGUCGUAUUAUCCUCCGUGCUCUUGAAGUUCCGACUCGAGGCACUGGUGUUCCUCUACACUCGCUUCCGGAUCCGUCCUUUUGAUAUGUUCCGCUACGACAAGAAGCAAGCGCUCUUCGAUGUCUUCGUCUCCUUCAGCCAGCACGACACUCGCUGGGUGAUAGAGAAGCUGAUGGACCAGCUGGAGAACCGUGAAAACCCUUACCGGUUGUGCAUCCACUUCCGCGACUUCCCAGUGGGUGUGCCCAUCGCGGAUAACAUCGCCUGGGCCGUGGAUAAUUCGCGAUGCACACUGCUGGUGUUGACCAGGGACUUUCUGUCCAGCGAGUGGUGCCGGCACGAGUUUCGCAUGGCCCAUGCCCGUCUGCUGAAGGACCGUAAUUCCAAACUUCUUAUCAUUGUCCGCGGGCCGCUGGACGCCCGUAACGUGGACCGUGAGCUACGCGCCUACAUUCGCACCCACACCUUCUUGCGCACAGACGACAAGUGGUUCUGGGCCAAGCUGGAGUACGCCCUGCCUUAUCCCCAGGGCAACCUGGCUCCUCCCGGUCCUGCCCCUGAUCCCGUGGAGGGUAUUGUUGACGCAGGAAACAUGGAAAAGCCAUACCCAGUGCGUGCUGCAGGUGAUCUCAAGCCAGUGUUUGAUAUUACUGAAGUGUAAUUUUCGCCGAUUCUUCAUCAAACUCGUCAGAUGAAUAACAACGUGGCAAUUCACUGUUGUAGCAGAAUAGAUGCUCAUUUAAAAGUGUUAAAUCGAUAUAAGAAAUCAUUUGAUGCAUAUAUUGUUUUAUAUGUAAAAAAACAAAAACAAAAAAACAAAACAAAAAACAAAAAACCACCCAACUGGCGUUUUAACCCAGUACAUUUCAAAAGUAGCAGUAUCGUACUGCUGUAUACAUUACACCAGCAAUUAAGUAAGCGGCCUCAAUCAGGCUAACAGAACAGGUGUCGUGGAAGCUUUGCUUCAUAUAGAAGAGGUAAGUUCGUUUAAGUUUCAGCCAAAGAAACAAGAUAUAAACAUCGAAAGAAUUCGAAAAGAGAAAAAAUACAACAAAAAUGCAAUAAACACCAGACAACAUAAGGGGGAAAGGGGUUAGUAAAGAAAAAAAAAAAAAGACACCAAGUGUCUAUAAUUAUGUACACAGAUGGGAGACGCCAGUAAUUUAGAACAUCUUUAGUUAGCGUUUAGCUCAUGAGGUCAGAAAGUGUUUGGCAAAAUUUUUUAAAGAAAUCAAACUUGCAGAAAAGUUUUAUAUACGAUAGUCUGAAACUGCUGGAAAGUGUAUUUGGUGUUGGGGCAGAGAAGACCCCAGGAAUAGCGAUACUCUGCUUAAGUGAACUUUGUAGUGAGUAUAUUCAAGGUGAGAGGGAAUAGGUGUUUAGAGGCGGGGAAGGAAACAAGGUGCCCAUCGGCCUGGGUUUACCACGUACCGUUACUGGUACCUUCCGCUGGUUGCUACUUGGACAAAAGCCUACAUUGAAAGAGGGGCUGUAGUGUGUGGCAUUUCAUUAGGUCUUUUAACUCGAGGUAUGUGAUCAUUUUUACAUACAUUUUACAAUCUUUCUGGUGGAUAUAUGCAGUAGUUAUACACUCACACGCAAUCGUGUCCAAAGAGAAGCACUGGACUCCCAACACGCUUUCUCAUGAUCUUAAAUGAGGUAAUUUUCACAUUCCAUUAUAAUUAUAUAACUAUUUCUUGCGCAAUUUAAUAUAUGGUAUUUUGUAAUGCA